AUGAAAUCAGCCUUCGUCCUCCUGCUCGCCGCCGCUACUGGUGGUGCCGUUCCCUUGGUCCGGCAGCAGCUGAGAAGCUUCUCAAGCGGUCAUCCAUACGACCCUGCGACUGGAAAAGGCGCAUCAAUUCUUGGGGGCACAGAUCCACAGCUCGACAUCAAGAACCCGGAUGGUCUCGGGCAACAGUCCACGGAUGCUGGCACGGUUCCGAAUUUCAAGUGGCCCUUUUCUCUGUUGAAAACCAAGAUAUUUCUAGGCGGAUGGACUAGGACUCAGGACAUCAAUGACUUGCCUCAGAGUAAGGACAUUGCAGCCGCACAGCAGCACUUGAGAAGGGGAGCCCUCCGGGAGCUCCAUUGGCAUAAAGUGGCCGAAUGGGGUUUCGUGUACUCGGGAUCCGUCCUGAUCUCGGCAGUCGAUGCUGAUGGAAACUACCAGCUUCAGCAACUGGGGUUUGGUGACAUCUGGUACUUUCCCAAGGGUGUCGCCCAUACAAUACAGGGUCUUGAGGACGACAACGAGUAUCUUCUGACAUUCGACGAUGGUGACUUCAAUGCCGUGGGAGUGACGUUUAUGGUUGACGACUGGCUCGCUCAUACACCAAAGUCGGUAAUUGCGAAAAAUUUCGGGCUGAACGAAACCGUUUUCAAGAAUCUUCCAACGACAGAUCCGUACAUCUUGAACGGCACAGUAACAAACUCGACGGUCUCUGGAAUCAAUCCUCAGCUCGACGGCAACUCCUCCUUCGUCUACCGAACCUUGCAGCAUCCUUCCGAGCCCGUUCCCGGCAAUGGCGGCACUUUCUAUAAAAUCGACUCGACCAACUUCCCGAUCUCAAAGACAAUCGCUGCGACAUACGUGACGUUGAACCCCGGAGGCCUGCGGGAGCUACACUGGCAUCCGAAUGCGGAAGAAUGGCUAUACUUUCACCAAGGACAAGGCAGAGCCACAGUCUUCAUUGGCAAUGCCAAUGCUCGAACCUUUGACUUUGGCCCUGGCGACACGGCGGUAUUCCCGGACAACAGCGGUCACUAUAUCGAAAACACCUCCCCAACUGACGAUCUCGUCUGGAUCGAGAUCUACCAAGAGUGA